AUGGCUUCUUCCACAAGCCACGAAAUUUUUGUUGAGAGCCCAAGAAGUAACGAGACACGCUCACGAGAAAGUCCGGGGCUUCAGAGACACAGAAUCAUCGACGUUGUUCUAAACCUUUGCUACAAGCUUGACAUGGUUUUAUGUUGUAGUUUGCACGUCUGUGCUCGCUUUAUCCAGCCGUGUGGCCGUCUGCGUCAGUCUAUCUUCACUCGGAUGUCUUACAUCGGUUUGUUGUUUGGGGCGUGCUUACUUUGUGGUUCUCUGCUAACCCCACGGACACGAUAUAACUUGGGUGACAAUUUUUGCCAAAAUGUUUCGUACUAUUUCUGUGACAUUUUAUUUAGUUACGCUGCGGUUUAUCGCGUUCUUUUUCUGCUAGCAAUUUACUACUUUUUGCAAAGCCUACUUUUAUUUGGCGUUUGUUCAAGUGGGGAGCGACGGGCCAAAAUAAACAAUGGCUUCUGGGGAGUAAAAAUUCUCGUUUUAUCGUUGCUAACAUUUCUAUUUUUGAUUAUCCCGCAUUCUGAAUACGCCGGAGAAGUUUGGACAUUUUUUGGCCUUAACGGAGGAUUUGCAUUCAUCAUCUUACAAUUCGUCCUGCUAAUAGACUUCGUUCAUGCGUGGAACAUAAGCUGUGUUGAAAGGUUGGAGGCCUCUACAAACUAUGCCCAAGCUAAACUAUGGUAUAUUAUCCUUUGGAUUCCCACAUUAACGCUGUACACAAUUUCAAUUAUUUCAGUGAUAUCCUUUUAUAUACUGUACGCCUGGGCGCCUGGAUGUCAUAACAAUAUGUUUUUCAUAACGUUUAACGUGUAUCUCUGUCUUGCUGCAACUUAUAUUUCAGUGAACCCAGUCGUCCAAGAAGCGCGCCCGCGAUCGGGUCUUCUACAAGCAUCGGUCGCUACCACCUACAAUACAUUCAUUACGUGGCUCGCACUUUCCAAUGAACCUGACGAUAUCUGUAACCCGUCACGUGACUAUCUCUUCCCUGGAACUCCUUUCAGCAACAUUCAAAUUCUAUUGAGCUUGGGAUUCAUGUUUUUUGUCUUAAUCUACGCAUGCCUGCGUGAUGUGCGCGCUCCGCAGUACGGCAAGCUGCAUCCGGGACCUUCAUCUACCCCGCCAUUGAGAGAAGAUAGCGAGGUCCCGGAUGCGAAUGGCACAUUCGUACGCACCAGUGCUUUAGUUGANUUCAGUGAACCCAGUCGUCCAAGAAGCGCGCCCGCGAUCGGGUCUUCUACAAGCAUCGGUCGCUACCACCUACAAUACAUUCAUUACGUGGCUCGCACUUUCCAAUGAACCUGACGAUAUCUGUAACCCGUCACGUGACUAUCUCUUCCCUGGAACUCCUUUCAGCAACAUUCAAAUUCUAUUGAGCUUGGGAUUCAUGUUUUUUGUCUUAAUCUACGCAUGCCUGCGUGAUGUGCGCGCUCCGCAGUACGGCAAGCUGCAUCCGGGACCUUCAUCUACCCCGCCAUUGAGAGAAGAUAGCGAGGUCCCGGAUGCGAAUGGCACAUUCGUACGCACCAGUGCUUUAGUUGAUGGAGGCUGUGUAUAUGACGAUGAACAAGAAGGCGUGGCUUACAGCUAUUCCUUUUUUCAAGUACUCUUUUGUCUCGCCUCGCUCUUUGCUAUGAUGACUUUAACAAGCUGGUACCGACCCGAAGAAGGACAACGCGCUAGUGUUAAACUGGUUUGUGGUUGGGGAGCGGUUUGGAUCCGACUUUCUGCUGCUAUUUUUAGCACAUUUAUCUAUAUUUGGACGCUAAUAGCGCCUGUGAUAUUUCCGGACUCGUACAGAGAUUUGGUGUUCUUUCAGUUUAUGCUGGGGACAUACAAUCAUCAGACAACUCGGAUGAAAGCAUCACCAGCCAAAUAA